AUGUCUCGUCAUCCGCGAGAGUAUCCGACGGCAGAGCGGUACGAGGAGCGCGAGACCGACUUCUACCGCCGCCCUCGCAGAGACCGGGACUACGAUGACCUGGAGGCGGAGAUCUCUCGCGAGCGCUACCCGGAAUCCCGCCGUGCGGAGACGGUGGUCAAGGAGAGAGACACCGUGGUGAGCGAGCGCCGGACAGAACGAGGCCCCCGCCUGCCGGACUUCCUACGAGAGGACUAUGCCAAGUCGAGUGCGGGCCCGCUGGUGGUGAGAGAGGACAAGGAAGAAGAUGUCUACAGUCGGGCACCGACUCGAAGGAGGAGCGUGGAGACAGUGAGGUCUCGUGCGCCUACGGAGCGGAUCGAGAAGGACAAGUUCGUUUUCAAGGAGGAGGAACGCGGUCCGCCAUAUCCUCGAAGCCGAGGCAGCGAACUCGACUAUCGAGGACGCGGCGAGGAAGACGACCGAGAGGUCAUCUACCGCAGCCGGACCCGCUCGCGGCCACCACCACGCGAGGAACGAGAGAAGGAAGAAAUCGACAUCAACAUCCGGCGAGAAGAGAGCCGUCCACCACCACCACGUAGCCCACCGCCGGUUGAAGAGAUCCGCUUCAGGCGUGGUGGAGGCGAACGACCUGCUCCACCCCGUAAGGAAGUCGACAAGACUGAGAUCGAUAUCGACAUCGUUGAAAAGAGCGCACCGUCAGCGCCGCCACCGUCGCGGAUACGGACGGUGGUUGAUCGCGAGGAGAUUGACAUUCGCGAGCGUCGAUCACCCGCCCCGCCACCACCACGUACAGAGGUCGACAAGGAAGAGCUCAUCUUCCGCGAGAGGCGACGCUCGCCUUCUCGUCGCGGACGUGAAGUCUUCAAGGAGGAGAUUGAGAUCCGUGAGUCGAGCCGCAGUCGCCCUGCGCCGCGAGAGUACAGCCGUCCAGCUCUGGUUGCCAGGAAGGAAGAAGAAUGGAUUGUCCGCCGACCGAGGACACCUCCACCCAAGGACUAUGAGAAGGAGGAGAUCAUCAUCCGUCGCAACAAGGAGAGGACCCCUUCUCCAGAGCCUCCUCCAAAGCCUCCAUCGCCGGAGUCAUCGCCAUCGCCGUCUCCGCCUCCACCGCCCCCUCCACCGGAGCCCAUCUACCGCCCACCAAUCAUUCAAGAAGUCAUCACCCAUCACAGACAUAUCGACCACGGUGUUGAGCGUGCUCGCUCCCCUACACCGCCGCCUCCAGCUCCACCCAGCCCGCCACCACCGCCGCCACCUCCUCCCAAGGAGACGCAUGAAGACAAUCUGGAGGUCGAAAUCAAGCGAAAAGGCACGCGCAAUGGCAAAGCGUACGAAGAAGACAUCACCUUCGAGAGGGAGAUCAAGGGUGAGGAGCCCAGCCGUGAGCUCGAACGCUGGGAGGAUCGCAGACGCGACGUCAGCGUCGUCUCACGCCGCCGGUCACCUUCCCGACGACGAUACGAUGAUGAAAUCGCAGCAGAGGCUGACUACUACAAUCGCAAGAUUGCUUCCCGUGCUUACCCCGGCGAAGCGUAUAACGGUGCAACGCGUGAUUGGAGCCUGGUUGAUGUGCCACCGGGCACUGAACGCGUGCGCAUGGACGGUGUUGGUGGAGGAGCUCAAGAGAUCACCUGGGAGAGGUACAAUGGUCAGAGGCGCGGCAAGUUCAUCUCUAGCGACCGCGCCUACGAACCGGAGUACGGUAAUGGCUAUCGCUCGCCUCCACCACUCCCGCCGCCGCCGCCACCGAUUGCGCCACCAGCGCGCGAGGAGAGGGAAGAGAUCAAGAUCACGCACACUCGUUCUCGCUCUCAAGACAAGCCACGCCAGCGUAAGCGGGACAAGAUGUGGACUGAGGUCACCAAGGAUCUCGUCAUCAAAGAAGCCGUCGAUGAAAUGGGUUAUGAGUUUGAGGAGACGGAUGACUAUUUCUAUGUCAUGGAGUAUUUACGCUACGUAAGUCAGCAAGUGAGCAAGCGAAGCGGCCUUUGUGAUGUACUAACAAUUGGAUCAGGAGGACGUGCUGAAGCUGGUCGAGAUUACCGAGGACAUCAAGCGCGAGCGAAGAGAACGCAUCCGGGAGAUCCAGUGGGAGAGGGAGGAGCGCGAACGCGUACCCAAGAUGCUCCCUCCGCCGCCACCAGUCCCGGCGCCGCCACGAUCGAAGUACGAUGAGCGGAUUUACGAGCGCGAGUACAUCUACGACCGCGACGGUCGCAGAUGGCGCUAA